AUGUCGGAAUCUCGCAAAUCCAAGUCACCGCUUCGGGCUCUGGACCCUCAGCCCAUGCGAAGCCCUUCUCCUCCCGAUGGACGAGCCCCAGAGAGAGCAAAGUCGUAUCCGGGACCUGACUCCCAGUCUCAGCAGUAUGGUCCUCAGCCGUACAAUCCCCAGGAUUACUCCAACCAGAGCUACAACCCUCAAAACUACGGCCCGCCACCAAACAACUAUGGAUCUCAGAACUACAACCAGUCGUACAACCCCCAGAACUACCCUCCCGUCUCCGGUCCUCAGACAGGUCCCGCCAUGUUUCCCACGCGCCCAGUGUCCGACUCGUAUCUUCCCGACCAGGGCGGAGCAAUGGCCAGCAGCACCAAGAUCACCACCACCCAACAGUAUAGCACCCAGCAGCAGUAUAGCUCUCAGCAGCAGAUGGUGCCAGCCAUUGCCCCCACCUCGCUUCGAGAGCUCCAAGCCCUCAAGACGACGUGCCAGUUUAGCCUGCGCGAGUACGUCAGUCUACAGCGGCAGAGACGGAGCGGUGACUCGGCCAUGUCGGCGUAUGAGCUGGACACGCGCAUCCGCAACCACACCAACGUGAUGCUAAGCGACCUACGGAUUCUCCAGAGCGAGGUGCGCGGGAUUGGCAAGGAGGCCGAGAACCACCGCUGGAGGAGGUGGAUUAUUGGUGGUGCUAUUGCCACGUUUAUUCCCUUUAUUCGCAAAUUCUGGCGCCGGAGCCACGACGACGAAGAAUCAGCAAUGUCGGCCAAUGACACCGAGUACGCCUUCCGCAAGUCCAAGGGUCUUCUCGAGUACAUCAAGAACGCCCUCCUCGGCCACGGCAGGUGGGCCAAGUUUGCCUUCAUCGUCUUCGCGGUGCUGUUUGUGUUCUCCAACGAGGUGUCGCUCCGGGUGGCCCGGACGGUGCAGAAGCGCAUCAAGAAGCUCUGCGUGCGCAUCGAGCAGGGCGACCCGGACGUUGACGAGAAGGAUAUGAAGGUGCUCGAUGGCUGGCGAUGGAGAGUUCUCUUGUGGUAA